UAGACUGGGAAUGGCUUUACGGACGCAGUUGACUGGCUGUUACUCGUCGGAGACAAGCGUAACAAUUACAUAUGACGCGGAUAUUGAGUCGGAACCGAACCAGCAACCAAUAGUGUGUGAGAACUGGCGAGCGAGGAUGUUGUCAGAACGACGUAGCAGCUUCACGUUGAAGUUGUCGCAGCUGGAGACGGAGUCGUGUCACGACCGCGUCAUACAGUGGUUUGAGCGGAGCACGCCCGACGAUGACGACGUCACGUUUUGUUUUGAUGCGACGACGUCGAGACAAGUGGAGAUUUGUACAGGAAACAAGAAUUCAAAUUCCACUACUUGACAGAGAACAGAACUUACCUCAUAACUAAAUACAGCACAACUCGUGUAUCGAUAACCGUGGUAUUUGUUUCCAUGUAUGUAGAAACGCAAUGUAACAUAGAGGGUCAUUUCAUUUCCAGCCAGGACUGUGACGUGUAUAUUAAAGGCCAAGGUUCGUGUUGUCCUGUCUGUGGAAAAAAUAACUUAAGACAGAGGUCCUUAUACACAAACCAAGACUAAGACUUACAUAUUAAACAUCAAGGUACGUGUUGCCCUGUGUGGAAAAAUGAUCUAAGAGGAGGGGGUUCUUUCAUACCAAACAACAUUAUGACUUGACUAUAAAAUAAUAUGGUACGUGUUGCCCUGUCUAUGGAAAAAUAAUCUAACAGCGAGGUUCUUUCAUACAAAACAACAAUAUGACUUGACUAUAAAAGAACAUGAUACAUAUUGCCCCGUCUGUAGAAUAAUCUAACAGAUGGGUCCAUUAGUACCAAUCACCAAGGUACGUGUUGCCCUGCCUGUGGAAAAAUACUGUAUCAGAGGGGUCCUUUCGUACCAACCAACAAUUUAUGAUUUGAAUACAAAUGAACGUGGUAUGUGUUGCCCUGACUGCGGAAAAAAUAAUCUAAGGCGAAAUUUCGUACCAACGAAGAUCAUAUGACUUGAAUAUAAAACACCAUGGUACGUGUUGUCCUGUAGUAGAAGAAGUAACCUAACAGAGCGUGUGUCAUUCAAAUCAGCACCACUUGUAUGUCAAAGAUCAUGAAAUGUGCUGCCACGUCUACAAACGUUAUCUAAUUUCGUUUCAAAUUCAAACAGGUAACAUCGAUUCACAAUAAAUCACAAAAAUCACAAAAAGUUUAUUGUCAAAGACACGAGAGAUAUACAUCAGUUACAUUGCCUUAAAUCAAAGAUUUGACAAUAAAUUGUUAUUAUAAUAAACAAAGUUUCAAGUAAUAAUAAUGUUCUAUAUGUUGUUAGAAGUGCUGAACUCAUUAACCUAAGCUGCUCAAAGGAAAGGAAGGAAAUGUUUCAUUUAACGACGCACUCAACACAUUUUAUUUACGGUUAUAUGGCGUCGGCUGCUCAAAGGAAGUCAUUUCUCAAAGGGCACCAGUAAUAAUUUUGAACAAAGACGCUACAGAUCUGCAUAAUUGAUGUAGAGAAAAAGACAAUACCAAACAUUAAGACGACGGGAGGUUAGAUAGCUAUUAUUUGAACGAAACUGCAAUUUACCAAGCUAUAAUGAUGCAAAUAAAAUGACACUAGUAUGA